AUGCCAAGGUCCCGCCAGGACCGAAAAGACCCAAGCUCAGCCGUACACAAAAGCAAAGCAGUCUCACAAAUGAAGCAUUCUGCCACUAAACAUGAUACACAUGAGCCCAAGAUUCCUACAAAUCUUCAGCAACUGCUUUUGAACAUAUUCAAGGAUUCAUUUCCGCAAGUUUUGGCUUCGGGCUCUUUGCCGUCGGUUUUACAGGAGAUCAAGGGCGCACUCUACAAACGAGAUUUCCAACGAGCCUUUGAGACCCAAGAGUAUCUAGAAGCCUACGCCGUUCGCUGGAGUCCUAGUAGGGCGCUAUGCUAUCAAACUAUUCUAGCUGAGACCAAGGAGUAUCUCUCAGAUAUCUUUCCGUGUCUCGCACCGGAUCAAGCCCAGUGCGCAAUGGAAGCUAAAACCUCGCACGAGAGCAGAGUGGCAGUCUUAUGUGUUGGGGGCGGUGCAGCAGAAGCCGUUGCUUUCGGUGGAUUCAUUCGAUAUUCGAAGCAAGCAUUCAAGAACCAGUGGAGAGAGUCAAAAGAGUACCCAGCCCAAUCACUUGAUUGUCCAUUGAAUGCAGAUACCACCAGUGCUCCAAUAGAAGUACGUCUUGUGGAUCGUGCCCCAUGGCAAAAUGUGAUACAUGAAUUGAACCAAAGUCUUAUCGAGCCGCCCAAGACUUCGAAGUAUACCAGUGCCUCAAGCAGGGGAAACAAUCGUCCCAUGCUAGACCGAUCCGACCUUUGCAUUAAUUUCCAUCAGGUAGACGUGCUCUCUAUGAGUGCACAGCAGAUAGCUCAGCUCACUGGGAGAAAGCCGAUACUUGUAACCUUUUUCUUCACCUUAAAUGAGCUUUACAGCCACUCUGUGAGCAGCACAACAAAGCUACUCCUAGACCUAACCGCAUCACUUCAGAAGAAUUCCAUUCUACUUGUUGUUGAUAGUCCUGGUAGUUAUUCAGAGACCAAUAUCGGUGCAGAUACUAAAAAGUAUCCGAUACAUUGGCUUCUCGAUUACUGCUUACUCCAAACCCCCAGCAGAGAGUCGGAAAAUAUGCCUCCUCACUGGACGAAGAUCAUGAGUCACGAAUCAACUUGGUUUAGAGUCCCAGAGGCUCUUCGGUAUCCAAUACCACUGGAAAAUAUGCGAUAUCAAAUCCAUAUUUAUCGGAAGACCUGA